UGGCACAAUUUGGCACUAAAAUUUGAAAAUAUUAACGAUUCAACGGUAAUUUUGACCUUUAUUUGGAAAUGUAAGGUUGGUGCGAUUUUAUCAUGCAUUGGUGAGUUUUUAUAUUGUUUAUACUGAUUGUUAUUAUGUCAAGUUUAUUUCAUAUAUAGCGCACAUUCCACGUAGUCGUAAACGCAAUCCCAUUAGAUCAAACCUAUAAUUCAUCUAGCUGCCUCUAGCCUGUUCUUUUGGAGCAUUCGACACCAUUCUUGAAAACUUGGAAUACAACCUCGCCAUGGAGAGCAGAAUAAAUUCGGAAAAAGCGGAAGCUCUUUUGAAAUGGGUCAACACAAUCAGCUGCAGUUCACUUCAAGAAGUGAAGUCACUACAGGAAUUAUCAAAUGCACAGUUGUUGAUGGAGAUUGUUUGUCUUGUUGACAAAGAUUACAAAGUUGAAAGAUUAAAUUCGGCAGAUGAGAACACUAAAUGGAUUUCUAGAGUGAUAGAAUAUUUAGAAAAUUUUUAUCAUCAAUCACUGUCAAGCUUUGUUGAUCAGAAUAAGAUCACAUCCCAAAAUACCAUGGAAAUUGGAAAGGUUUUAAGUCUUUUACUGUGCUGUGCUGUCCAAGGUGAAAAUGUUAGUGAAUGUGUUGACAAAAUCACAAGUUUAGAAGAAUACAUACAGUUUCAACUGAAGUUCAUAAUUGAAGCUGUUUUAAAAGGCCUGGAUAAUGGCAAGAUAGAUUCAGUCGAUGUUACUAAUAUGCUCUGUAAAUCAGAAUCAUUUCGUGAUGUUCAAGGAUCAAGUGAUGAAUAUCAAUCAUCACCAAUCAUAAUGUCGCCAGUGUCGCUUUAUAAUUCCCCAAUUAAGGCAUUGAUGGCCUCGCCUCAAAUGCAGAGCAGACAGAGUCAGGUGACAAUUUCUAAACUGUACAAGAGACUAAAUCAGUUUCAAAUCAAAAUUAAUAACUUGCAACGCGUUCAGUCUGACUUGGAACACGACAUUGAAGAGAAAAGAAAUCAAAUUGAAGAACAGGAGUUGAAAAUUCAAUCGUUGUCGCAAGAAGUUACAAAGGUUCCUGUGUUGGAAGACGAAAUUGAAUCGUUGACUCGAUUUGAAACUGAACUGGAUAAUGUGAAUCGCGAAAAUAACAGGUUAAAAAGAUUAAUCCAGGAGCUAGAGGAAUACAAACAACAAUUUCUCAAAUUGGAAAAAGAUUACGCUGACCUUUGUGUUGAGAAACAGGCAGAAAGAGAUGAUUUUGAAAAAUGCAUUAAAGAAGUAAAGAAUAAAGGUCAAGAAGAACUUCGUUGUGUACAAAUUUUGUUGGAUGAUUCAAAUAAAGUGUGUGAUCAGUUGAGAAAUGAACUUCGUAAAGCCUUCGCUGUUGAAGAAACGAUGAAAAAGCAACUUUCUGAACAGGAAAAUCUUUUUGUAAGAAAGAUCAAGAAGAUAGAGCAAGAUUUAGCGGACUCAACCUCUUCAAGAGACAAAUUGUGUUUAAAAAGUGAUCAGGAUGUCCUUCGACAGAUUGCAAGAGAAGCAGAUCUGAAACAAUGUUUCCGAGAUAAAGAAGCAGUGUUACAAGCCACGAUAGACCAAACUCAGCUGCAAAAUUGUGAACUUAAUCAAAACGUGAAACAGUUGCAAAUAGAUUUAAGUCGAGAAGAAGAAAACAAGAAAGUGCUCCAAUCUUCCUUGGCUCUUUCUGAAAGCAAAUUGACUGACACAUUGUGUAAAUAUGAACGUUUACAAUCUGACUUUAUUUCUCUUGGAAAUGAAAGCAAGAGCAGCUUCGAUAAAAUACUUGAGGAAAAGGAUUGCCUUCAAGAUGCCUUAAAGAAUGCAAAAGCAAAUCGAGAUUUGGAAGUUGUUCAACUUCAAAAGAAGAACGAUGACCUUCAGGAACAGACAAGAUGCUUGGUUCACGAUCUGAAUGAAACAAAGCAGGUUCUGCUCGAAGCAUUAAGUGGUAAAGAAGAAAUGCAGACGACAAUAAAGGAUUUUUGUACACAAAAGAAUACGUUGAUGGAUGAAAAUUCGUUACUGCAAAAGAAAUUGGAAGAGAAGGAAAGUUCAGUUUUGGAGUUGAAGCAAGUUCAAAAUUCUUCCUCAAUACUUGCGGCAAAUAAUGAUGCGUUACUGAAGGAAAACUUGUCGUUGAAAGAUAACGUGAGGGAGCUAGAAUCUCUUAAAUCCAGUGUUCAGGCGUUGGAAAGUUCACUCCGUUUGGCUAAUGAAGAAAUAGAAUCUGUAAAGAAGAACAACAGUGAUAUCAAAGAUCCCACUUAUGAACUAGAACAUAAGAUGUUUGCAGAUGCAAACAAAAAACCACAAAAUCAAAACGAUAUUGUAGUUGAAAACGAGACAGCACAAGUUGACAAUUCGACUGAAGAGAUAACCGAAUUACGUAAUGCUUUGCGUAUUGCUAAUGAAGAAAAGCAUUCCCUCCGAGAAAUUAAUUCUUCUCUUGAAAGUCAAGUUGCUGAAAUUGAGGUUGAUUUGAAAGAGUACAGAGCUCUUCAAAGUCGUUCUGACGUUUUGAAAAAUGAGCUGCUGCUGCUGACCAAAGAAAACGCAGAAAUGACAAAAGGUUCGGAAUUUCUCUCCGGCGAAUGCGAAAAUCUUCAAAAAAUGUUAGCUGUUGUCAGCAAAGAUAAACGGACUCUUCAAGAGAGCAAUUCAACACUAAAAGAUGAAAUUGCUAAACUCAAAGUACAUUCUGAAAACUAUGAAUGUCUUCAAAGUGAUUUGGGGAUUUUAAAAGGAGAAAAACUGUUAAUGGAAGAAGAGAAUAUAAAAUUGAAGGAGACAAUAAAACAAACAAGAACUCCCGCGUGUGAAUUUCAAGCUCUAUGUCAAGAUAUAAAUGAAUCCAGGAAGGAAAGGUUUGCAGAAGAAAAGGCAAUACCAAAAUAUAUGAAAUCAUCACAAAGUAAAAAGGAAGCAAUCUUAGACAAAAUAGAAUUUAACCCAGGUAGCAACUCAAACGCCGUUGACAAUUCUACGAUAGAAACAGGGGAUCAUGAUUUGUUGAUGUCAAAACUUGGUGAGAUAGAUAAAGUUGCUAGUGAACAGGACAAACAGAUUCCUCUGGCUCUGACUCACGAAGGUGACAUUGCUAAAAAUAAGGAGUGUUUGGUCGCGAUUGCUCACGAAUGCGAGAAAAACCAAAAGAAAACAAGCGGAAACAUGAACUCGAUUGGGGAAGAAGAAACGAUCGGAGUAGAUGAAGUUCCCUCGAUUGACGAAGUGAAAACACUUGAAGAUAAAAUAAUUUCGUUGGAAAAAGAAAAUCUGACUUUGAAAGAUUUGCAGAAGAAAAGCAGUGAAGAUUGUCUCAAUGAAAUAGCUAAAGUUGAAGAGUUGAAGAAAAAUCUGGCAGCUAGUGAAGCAGCCAUGGACAAGUUGAACAAUAAUAACGUGGAGCAUGAACUAGAAAUGUUGUCAGUCCAAGAUAAGAUGAGGAAAAUACAGGAGAAGAAUAUAAAAUUAACAAAUUAUAUACCCCAAGUGGAAGCACAGGUUGUGGAUCUUGAGAAAAAGUUGUCUGAGGAAGAAUUCAUCAGUAAACGUUUGGCAGUAGAGGUUCGAUCACUUGAAGCACAAUUAUCGCAUGCUGAUAGACAGUUACGACAGACGGUAGAGAGGAAAGAUGAGCAGAUGACACAGAAAAACGCUGUCAACAGGAGUAUGGAAAUUCUGGCAAAUAUCCACAAAAUGGCCCCAGUUCCUGAAGAAAUUACUUCAACUGCUGACGAAAACGCUAAUGUUACGAAAGAUUUUUCCAUUGCCGAUGACUCCUUAAUUUCUGAAGGCUCUCUCAUGACGGAGAACGAGGACGGGCAUGUCAAUACAAACGAUGGAAACGUACAAAACAACGUGAUAUGCAAACAAGAAGAAGUUCUUAAAAGAUUGCGACGUCGGAGUGCUGUUUACUCACAAAAGAAUUCUCGGAAACAUGAAAUAAACAACAAGAGAUGUUCCACGGUCGGCACAGAAUCUUUCGUGGUGGGUCAGUUUUCUAACACAGUCGCAUAUGAACCCGAUGAUUAUCACUAUGAGUGGGAUCGCAUUUUGGAGUUGAAAGAACGGAAUUCAAUUUGUGCACCACAUCUACGUUCAUCUUACCCCGUUGAAACACAAGUACGUUCAAAGGAAGAAGUCGAAGAAGAAGACUUGAGAUUAGGAGGAUGUUCAACAACUUUAUCACGAAAACGGUUGAGGGAUAACAUCAGUGACAGUAGUUUAUUCACUACGACCCUUGAUACUAGUCGUUGUUUGCCGAGAUCAAAAUCAGAAAAUGGGUUUAGCAACAUUUUGACUGAGAAAAUGGUCGCCAAACGCAUUUUAAAUGACAAUGGUGACAAGAAUAAGGCUUUACGGCACUCGACAUCUUUCCCAGAGCAGAAAAUAAACGAUGUUGAAAACGUUGAUAAAAAUAAUCGACGCGAGAGUAUUGCGUUCAAAGUGGACAUAACUCCGGCGAAAAAAUCACGCAUGUCUUUACGGAUGCCGCGGUCCUUAGCAGCUGAGAAAAAAGAAAACGUGAAAGGUAAAAGCAAGAUGAAGCCUUCACAAACUUCAAAGAAAUUUUCCCUACAUCGAAAACAGAGCUCCGGGAAAGAAGACAAGAAAGCACUGCGGACAAAGCGCACCAACCUGGCCGUUUAGUGAUGGAAAUAUCUCAGUUAUACUGUAUCCACUUAAUAAAUAUGUAAAUAUCUGUAUUUUAUGUUUUAUUUUACAUUCGAACUUCGCACUUUUUCUACCCGUUACGUAGCUAAUAUAUAUUACUACCUCUUAAUCGUGAAUUAAAUAUUUCAUGUUUUUGAUCA